GGAUCUCCGCUUGCUAUGGUCCUGACAUACCUCUCUCGAUUUAUCUAUUUUUAUUACACUAACCUGGCGUUCUCGGCAGUUUUAUGUGGUAAAAAUGGGUAUUUUUAACUUGUCCCUUCUCUAGUACGUCCAGGAUUCGGUCCAAGCAAGGCCUACCCAAUUUGACUUCACCAUCCAUGGUCGCCUUGUAUAUCCUAAUUGUUUACCGCUUUUCAUUUAUCCGUUCUACAUGUCUAAACCACCUAAGCAUUUCCUUUAGUAUCCUUGUCAUUGUGUUCUCUUUUAACCUAUCACGCAUUGUUAACUUAUCUUUUAACCUAUCACACAAUAUACUUCUGAACGUUCUCAUUUCCACGACAUUUAUUCUACUCUCUUUCUCUGCAACAUUCAACAUUCACUACCAUAUGCUUACCUCGGUAAAGGUACGCGGCCGUAAGUAUACAUGGUUGUCAUCAAAGUAGUAUAUCGGAAAUCUUUUUGAUAAAAUGAAGCCUGACGCAAGCCCUGCUACGUACAUAUAUCUUAUAUGAAUAUAAACCUUAUAUGUCUUAUGCAUUUAUUUAAUUAUGCAAAAUGCGACAUUGUAGAGUCGAGUCUAUCCAUCGUUCGGACAAUUUGAAUUAGAUUCAAUCCGAACGUCGAUUGAAUCUCAUACCAUUCGAUCUCUAUGUCGGACCCAGAAGCGAAGCGAUACAUCACUAAAGCAAAGAAGCCAUUUUGUGGUGUCGUUGUAGCGGUGAAUAAUGUUGACGAAAUUUCGUCUAUUUUACAUGGGGGUAUAACUUUUUGUUAUGUUUUGGGGAAGUAAUCAAAAUAAGUAUUGUGUAUUUCGUUAAUUUUGUCAAAUAUUUUAUAACUAAUAUGGAGCUUAUUGUUCCUGAUACUUGUUAUAAAGUAGUCUGCAGUGGUUGCUUAAGCAUAGAUAGAAAUUUUACUCAAGUUAAUCAAUCUACAACUCUUUUUAAGUUGUUUCGAUCGCUUUUAGCAGAUUACGCGGGAGAAAAUCUUGAGGACUCUCUUAGUUAUUUUUAUAAAAUACAAGUAACACUUUGCUGGGAAUGUGUUGCCAUGUUAACCAAAUUUAAAAAGUUCAAACAGCAAGUUCAAACUGCAUAUGAGCAUUUAAAAGUAUUGUCCUUGACUCAAGCACAAGAGACUCUGGACCACACAUAUAUGGCCCAAUCUCUGUCUCCAUUAGAGUAUUCAAUAAAAAAUGAUUAUGAUAGAGUCUACAUAGAUUACCAGGAACAUACAGAAAUCUGGCCUCAGCCAUACAUUACAAUUACUACUCAGGAUGUUAAAAAUGAGUCAUUUGAGGUAUCACAAGCACUUAGGGAUCACAUUACCUUGGGAACUGAUGAUCCAGUUUUAGAAGUACCUGAGCUUGUACUAAAAAACCCGGUCACCGGUGCCUUAUCUCAUAUAGUUGUGGGGACAGAUGCUCUGGUUUCAUCAGUGGAUUAUAAUGUCAAAGGAGAAAUGACGGAACUGAUUGUUCAGCCCCAAGAAAACAUGCAAACUAUUAAAGCCGAAUCAAAGUCCAAAGACGAGGCGAUGGAAGGAAAAUCUGGAUUUAUUACUGAGUAUAUGUCGCAAGAGGACAUGUUGGCAUCUCGGGAGGAACUAAAGAAGAAAGUACGCUAUGUAAGCUCGGUGUAUAAGUGCGAAUUGUGUAUAUUAGAAUUUUACCUGCAACAACAGGUUGAGGAACAUUUCGAUGCUGCUCAUAGUGAGCGACCCGGCUGCACACCCUGCAAAAUUUGCUACGUAUAUGUCGAGUCGUCGAAACUGCAGGCACAUAUAGACAAGCACUACAUACGAUAUAUAUGUAAACUAUGUUCGCGAGUUGAAUAUAGUAUAAAAUUAAUAUCCCUUCACGUCAAAACACACUUGGAUAAGAAAUUGCCUAAUAGUGUUAUACAAAUUGGUGAUAGCGACGGUGUGAAAAAGCGCCGAAAGAAAAAAUCUCAACCAGUAGAAGAAAUAAUAAAUCCGAAACCUGGUGACCUCAGAAAGUUAUUAUCGAAAACUACUAUCGUUGGCUACAAGUGUUUGGAAUGUGAUCUAUUUUUCAAAAACUCCCGCGCAAGAAAAAAUCACGUCGCGAGAUGCCAUAGAGAAGGAUUGCAGUGUGACCAUUGUAAAAAACGAUUUGUGAACAGGACGACACUGGUUACUCAUUUGAGACUUCACGAAGGGCCCUUGCCUCGCGAGAAAUGUCCUAUAUGUAAUAAAAUGGUUCGCGUGAUUCAACUAAAAUAUCACAUACAGAGGCAUCAAAAUUCCAGUCGAUACGAGUGCUCGGAUUGCAAUAAAGUGUUCUCACAUCUUGCGACGUAUCAGGCGCAUCUUAAAUAUUCGCGUGCGCACGCGUCGGAUACAGUGUUUAAAUUUCAAUGUCCAAUGUGCCACAAGGGUUACCCGACGAAAGACGCGAUGCAGGACCACUUCAACUACCAACAUUUGGGGAAAACGACGCAUAAAUGUCCGAUAUGUAGUAAGCCGAUCGCAUCAAAGGCCAAUGUUGAAAAGCACAUAAUGAGGGUACAUCGCGAGAAAAAGGAGAAACCGAAGAAUCAUAUGUGUAAUCUAUGCGGGAAGAAAUUUUCGGACAAAAAGGCCCUAAACCAACACGAGGUGAUACACUCAAUGGACAGGCCGCUGACAUGCGAGAUCUGCUCACAAUCGUUCAAGCAAAAGGCGUCCUUAUAUACACAUAAGAAACGUGUACAUAAAGUUCAACCUCAGAAACGAGUCGUGGAGUUUAUGGAUAGAGAAGUGUCCUAAUUUGGAUCAAGGUGCGUUUGAACAAUUUGACAUUCUGGUCUGGUAUUACGCGAGUAAAAAAAACUUUUAGCUAUUUUUGAUGACCACGUUUGCUUGCACCAAUGCAUAAGCAUUCAAAAGGUCGACUUAUGUAAAUAAUGUAAAUAAACUGUAAUAAUAUAUAUUAUAUAUAUAUAAUAAUAAUAUAUAUAUAAUUAAAUAUAUAUAUAUUUAAUUAAUUAAAACACCGUUUGUGGCUUAGUUGAUAACGUACAGUGAUAAGCCUGAAAGUCUUAUGUUCCUUGGGAAACAAUGGACAUUUUAAAACGUCAAAACCGAUGCAAAUAUGUGGAUAGUUUGUGUACUGCGGGUACACAAACUAUUAGAUAAUUAUUUGUAUAACAAUUACUUAGGCUAUUUGGCUAUAUUUUAGAUUAUUACUGACUAUAGAAUCUGCACAAAUCCUUAUUUUAAAUUCCGUUAAGGCUUUUUGAUUCAAAUUUAACAAUUAUAAUUUUAAGAACCAACCAGAACGCGUCUUUAGGCAAGAUGGCGUCGCACCUAUGACGCACCAUGCUUGUAAACAAACAAACGUCAUUACGUUAUCACGUUUUAAUCAUUCUUAUAUCACACAAAUUCUUAAUAAAUUCUCGAAGAAGACUACGUCAUUAUAGAUUAAUUUGUAACCGGUUUGUGUCACGUGUUGUAUGAAUAUCAAUAUUUUGAAUUUUUUGAUAAAUUUAUUAGAAAUUUCCUCCAUAACGCUCAUGUUUUCAUACUGCCAAAUAGCCUAUUGUAAUAUAACAUUUAAAUUAGUUCACGUGACCAUUUCUAUACGAAUUCGGUUAGCGUGGUCCACGCCUGUCGCAAAUAUUUUCUUUGUGAGAUUACCUUUCGCUAUCACAUAGCAUAUUAUGAAUUAUUGUAACUUGAUUGAGUUUUUAUUGAAAUGAAUUAUUUGUAAAUAAGAAUCCUAUAUUAUAUUAAUGUACUAGACUAGACAAUCUUGUAAGAAUUACCUAUUAUUUUCCAUUGACUUUAUUUUAUAAAAGAUAAAAUAGGAUCGCUCUCAAACGUAAAUCUCGACAUCAGUCAAAAUCCAGUUUUAUUUUCAAUGUUGACGCUUUUGACAAAUGCCCGUACCGUUAUAGCGAUUCCAAUAAUGUACUUAAUAAAUGGCAGAAUUACGCCGACCGGUCUUUAUAAUAAUUGGAAACCGCGAACAAAUUAUCACAGCCAAACAAAGAUGGCGCUAUUUACAUAGUAAUAAUUUUAUGUCAUACAAGAAAGCAUUGUUCGACCUCCUCUUUCGUACUUACUCUUAAUAAAAACUAUAAUUUAUUAGUGUUAUUUAUAAUCAUAAUAGAUAAUACAUUCUAAAUAAAAAUUUAAAAUAUGUUAGUCGUAUAGUUAGAAAUAUAAAUAAAGGCUUAAUAAUAAAUUAUUAUUUUAUGACAUAAAAAUGCGCCAUCUAAGGUAAAAAAAUACUUUUUUCUUCAAUUACAAAAUGUCGUUAUCACUAAUUGGUACGAUUCUAAUAGUAAAAUUUGCCAAUUUAUCAUUAUUGGUUUCAUUAUAGAAGUUACGGGCGCAGAUGCACUUGAGACACGUGUAAAUAAGACCCUCAAUGCAAUGUAUUAACUGUUUUAUUGAUGAUUAUGAAUUUAUAUAAUUUCCAAGAUUAUACGCUUUAUUUAAU